UCUACCAUAACUGGAUAAAUACUUGGCCGACUGAGCGCAGAGCUCGAGUAGCGACCGGUGAGCGAAGUUCUUCACUUGUGUACGCAACGGACCAGCAACAAUGCCCAACUGUCCCAAGUGCGACAAGCCCGUCUAUUUCGCGGAGCGGAAGACGUCGCUGGGCAAGGACUGGCACUCGGCGUGCCUGCGCUGCGAGAAGUGCAACAAGACGCUGACCCCGGGCAGCCACUCCGAGCACGAGGGAAAGCCCUACUGCACCCACCCGUGCUACAACGCGCUCUUCGGGCCCACAGGCUUCGGCCGUGGUGGUGCUGAGAGCUACGUCUACAAGAAGUAGGUGCUGGGACCCUGGUCUGACGGCUACACCACCACAGCAAGGCUACCAGUGUGCACCUCUUCACACUCUAGAUUCUAGAACAAACCACAUCUUGUGCACAGCCUUGGCCGCCAGCUCCACGACUCACAUAAAAAACACAUUCAUCAUGUUAAUUGGGUACUAAUUAAGUGAUUCAUAUUUUUGCCUGAAAUUUAAAGGAGGAAUGUAUUUUUAUAGUAAGAUUUUGAAGAAUAUGUGACUGAUUACACAGAAUGUAAUUAAGUUGCAUUUUUAACAUAAUUACUGUAGGGGAAGCUUUUCAGAUGUAAUUUCCAUCAUUAACUUAUUUUUAAUAAAUGCUAUGAUAAUACAGUA